GUUGGCAGCUUCUUACACAUUUGAAUUAAACGUAUUAAAAUGUUGAAGUUAGCCAACAAAAUUCCCAGCCGACUGGUAAAUCGUCUGCUGUUGCGCUUCUCCUCAGCUCAGCUGUCGCGUCCGCUGGCGCCAUGUGCCGGCGACACCGCAGCAGAAACUGAGGAAACGGAAGCCCAUGCCAUGCCCCAUCUCCAGCCCCAUCCCCAGGAGAUGGAACUUGGGGACGAGUAUCGGGUGGUGUCGCUGCCGAAGGACUUCAAGCUGCAUCGCCUGAAUGCAGGACCCGAGCGGGUGGUGGCCAUUAGGAAGUCGCAGGCCAUGGAGUACUACCGCCAGCUGGUGACCGUGCGGAACCUAGAGUCGGCUGCCUCGAAGCUCUACAAGGAGCAGUUGGUGCGCGGCUUCUGCCACCUGUAUGUCGGCCAGGAGGCCUGUGCCGUGGGCAUUCGAGCGGCGAUGCGGAGCAACGAUAAGCUCAUCACCGGCUACCGUGUCCACGGCUGGGCCUACAUGAUGGGCGUCUCCGCUCAGGGCGUGCUGGCGGAGCUGACGGGUCGACGCAGUGGCUGUUCCGGCGGCAAGGGCGGCUCCAUGCACAUGUACGGCCGGAAUUUCUAUGGCGGCACAGGGAUUGUGGGCGACCAGGUGCCCCUGGGCGCUGGCCUGGCGCUCACGAGCAAGUAUCUGCAGGAUGGCGGCGUCUGUCUGGCCCUCUACGGCGACGGUGCCGCCAAUCAGGGCCAGGUCUUUGAGUGCUUCAACAUGGCGCUGCUGUGGCAGCUGCCGCUGAUCUUCGUCUGCGAGAACAACAACUAUGGCAUGGGCACCAGCUCGCAGCGGGCUGCCUCCAACACAAGUUACUACACGCGCGGAGACCUCCUGCCGGGCAUCUGGGUGGAUGGCCAGGAUGUGCUGGCCGUGCGCAGUGCCACGGAAUUCGCCAUCAAGCAUGCCCAGAUAAAUGGUCCCAUACUGCUGGAGCUGUGCACCUAUCGCUAUGGGGGCCACUCGAUGUCCGAUCCGGGCACCAGCUACCGCACACGCGAGGAGGUGCAAAAGGUGCGCCAGCAAAGCGAUCCGAUCCAGGGCUUUCGUGAUCUCUGCCUGGAUGAGCAGAUCCUCUCGGCGGACGAGCUGCACGAGAUCAGUCAAGUGGCGCGUCUCGAGAUGGAGGUGGCCACGCGUGCCGCCCGCAAGGAUGAUGAGCCGCCGCUGUCGCAUCUCUGGAGCGAUGUCUAUGCGGGCGCCUUCCAGGGGAAGCUGCGCGGCGUUCGGGCCCUGGAACUGGAGCAUGAGAACACAAAGGAUGUACGCGAUGAAGAGAAUUAAACGGGGGGUUCUUGGAGGUUGCAUCACAAAAUUGUUGGUUGUUGAAUAAAGUCUGUUAAGU